AUGUGGCUGGACCAAGCGGACGGGUUUUCUGAGAUAUUUAGGGGAUAUCUUCCUUAUUAUUUACUCGUAUUUUUUCCGAUUUUCAUUAUAAUGUCGCCUGCGAACCCCGUCGCCGCUUCCCAUGAAUUUUCUGUGUAUAGAAUGCAACAGUAUGAUCUACACACCGUGCCCCAUGGUUGCCGCAGUUCAAGCUUCAACCUUGAAGGCCGUUCCCUGACUACCUGGAGUAUGUCCCGUCACUGCGUCGUCGCCCGCAUCCAGGACAUCACAAUCGACCAAUUUGUUGAAAUACGCAGCAAGGCCGGAGCUCUUCUACUCGUACUGCCAAAAAAUGAUACAGUACUUACCAAUGAACAGAAAGAGCAUAUCAAACUCUUAGAAAUGGCAAUGAUGCAACAGGAAAUCAGCAUUCCCAUAUAUUUUGCAGAGUGGACACCAGACUUUGACGACAUUAUCAAGGAUUUGCAACACAGUUUUAUCACUGAUGAUAAAUCUGGAACGGCUUUGGAAGCUAUGUUCAAUACUGUUUCAUCUAAUGGAUAUCAGAUUGUUGUAUCAGCACCAAACCCUCAAAGGUUGGACUCCAAACCUGUAACUAUUCACGGGAAACUGGUCGGACGAUCUGCGACACCAAAUACUAUAGUUAUUGCUGCACAUUAUGACUCCUCUGCUGUCAUACCGGAUCUCUCCAACGGCGCUGACUCAAACGCUUCAGGAGCAGUGGCGUUACUAGAAUUAUCUAGAAUAUUCUCCCGUCUCUACUCAUCCGUAUCUGUUCGCGGUGGGCCGUCUCUAGUCUUUGCCUUAAUGUCGACCGGGCACUCAUUGAACUAUUUCGCUACUAAGAAAUUUUUAGAGGAACAAUUGGAUUCAACUGAUGCAUCUUUAUUACAGGACGUUUCAUUCGUUAUGUGUCUGGAUUCAAUUUCAUCUGGACCGCUAACGAUGCAUGUAUCGAAGCCUCCCAAGCCUGGAACGCCUGCCCAGUCGAUAAAAUCAAGAUUAAACGUACCGAUUGUACAUAAGAAGAUAAAUCUAGCAGACGAACUACUGGCCUGGCAUCACGAAAGAUUCAGCAUAAGACGGAUGACUGCCUUUACUCUCAGUUCUUUGCAGAGUCACAAAGACCCAUCCCGCAAUACAGUAUUAGACAAAUCAUCGGAAGGAUCACUACGUAACCUCAUAAGCAAUAUAAAGACAACGGCCAGAGCCCUUGCCUCACAUAUUUACAACUUAACCAAUGAAGAGAAUAAAGAGGAUUCGGAGUUAUAUGAUGACGCUUUGAGUGUAGACGAAGCAGCCAUAAGACAAUGGUACAAGUACCUAUCGUCACAACCUCGAGCGCCGCAAAUUAUUACAACUACAGCUAACGGAGGAGUGACUGGGGCCCUGGAACGCGCAUUGUCCCGAUAUAUGGAGGCCACCGUAACUACACACACAAUAGACCGUCGGGAGCCUGAGUACACACUGUAUUCGCCCACCCGAGCUCUGCUCUAUGUCUAUAGUGUAAAACCAGCAGUUUUCGACCUGAUAUUGACACUUGCUAUCAUCGCAUAUCUAUCUCUCGUUUACUUCGUGAUACAGUUCUUCCCGCGUUUCUACGAAGAGUACGCGAAGUUAGUCACUGGGAAAGUCAAAGUUAAUUAGGUUAAUUGAUUUUCAACUUUAUUGUAAAGAGUUAAAGUCGUUUUUGCAAUAAUUAUGCGCGUUAAUUGUGUGUGUGUGUAAGGAAUUUCUGUUUGAAAAUAUGUAAAAGACCAGAUUCCGUCAAAAGUGUAUUUUUUUUAAAUAUUAUUGUUUGGCCGGUUUUAAAGAAACGAAGGUAGUUGCAAAAUUUUAUAUCAGAAUUUUGUAAUGUGUUACGAGGCUUACACUACGCUUGACGGAAUAAUUGAAAUUUUAAAGUUGAAAAGAAAUAUAAUCUAAUUGCUACUUAUUGUGAAGUGUUAGUGUCGUGCUUUGGAUAUAGAAGGAGAUACGAACUAGAGGCGAACGUUACGUCGAUUUAAGUCGUCGAUAACGAUUACGUCUAGUUUGUCUCUUCGAUUAAUUAAAAAAAAUAAAUAAUUAAAAACGUGACAUUGGCGAAAGCCUAUUUGAGACUUGGAAGCCAUUCGAAAGAGUUAAUGAAUCUUGUACGAUUUCAGAAAUUGAUUGUUUUGUAAUAAUAAUAAUCUUAUGAAACAUGUAAUUAAUGAAUUAAAAUA